AGGGGAUCUGGAGCCUAUAGAAGCGGGGUGGAGGGGGCUGUAGGGGAGCACGUAGAAGGACCGGUCGAAAAGCUUAUGGGGGGGCAUGGAAAGAGGGAUCUGUAGGGGUGCUGGGAGACUCCAGGGACUGCUGCCCCGCGGGGGGCAGGGGGCUUUGCUGCUGCCCCGGGGGAGGCAUUGUCCCUGGGACCGGGGCAGGUGCCCCCCCGGCUGGGGCGAGCCGGCUGCAGGUGUCCCUGACCUCCCCCUUCACCGCAGGGGUCCGCGCCGGCCCGCGGGCGCCAGGAUGGGCAGCUGGGCGUCCAGCGCGCUGGGCCUGGCCGUGGUGCUGGUGGCGGUGCUGAGCCCCGUGCGGGGCCGGAGGAGCCAGGACCUGCACUGCGGAGCUUGCCGGGCCCUGGUGGACGAGCUGGAGUGGGAGAUCACGCAGGUCGACCCCAAGAAAACCAUCCAGAUGGGCUCAUUCCGCAUCAACCCGGACGGCAGCCAGUCAGUCGUGGAGGUGCCCUAUGCCCGCUCCGAAGCCCACCUGACGGAGCUGCUGGAGCGGGUGUGCGAGAAGAUGAAGGAGUACGGGGAGAAGACGGACCCCAUCACCCAGCGCAAGGCAUACGUCCGCGUCCUCUCCCACGACGGCACCAAGAUGGAUCUCUCCGAGGUCAAAAUCGAUGGGGAUGUGGUCUCCAGCCUGAAGUUUGCUUGCGAGAGCAUCGCGGAGGAGUACGAGGACGAGCUCAUUGAGUUUUUCUCCCAUGAGGCCGAGAACGUCAAGGACCGACUCUGCAGCAAGCGCACCGAUCUCUGUGAUCAUGCCCUGCACGUGCCCCACGAUGAGCUGUGAUGCGGCAGCCCCGGAUCGUGCUGGACAGAGCCCUGUAGCCGAUGCCUUGCACUCCCCCCACCCCUGUGUCUCCUGUGCCGUCCUCGGGGGUAUUGCAACUCCUCGCUGAGGAUGGGCAGCCCCGUGUGAGCAGCUCCCAAGCCGGGCAGGAAGGACAUUCCCUGCCUGCUUCUUGGGCUUGACUAUCUUGGUGCUGUGAGCAGCCCCUUCCUUGCCCAUGGGCCCUGUGAGGACGCCGGCUCCUUUGCUGGGACUCUGCUUCCUCCCUUGUCUGGCGUUUUUGUGUCUUAUUUAUUUUUGCUGCACGUCUGCUGUGUCUGUGUUGCAACGGGAGCACUGUCUGGGGGUUGGUGCAGAGGACCAGCACCUAGGACUCCUGGGUUCUCUUCCAGCCUGGAGGCAGAGCAGCUGAUGGCCGCCCGGGGCUCUUGGCUCUAAUAGGGCUGGUGACGCAGGACUCCAAGGCUUCAUUCCCAGCAGGGGCAUUUUGUGGUGGCUGACGGAGCCAGGACUCUUGGGUUCCACACUGGCUCUGCCACCAUCUCCUUGGGCAAGUCACUUCAUCUCCCUGUGACUCAGGUGGGGGAGGGGACCAAUGGGGAGGGGCCUGCACAGAAGCCACUCCCCCAUCAUCUGCUUGCCAGGGCGGGGGAUGUUCAGCCACCAGCAGGAGGCGCUCCAGUUCCUUGACGGAUUGCAGCUGACGAUGGACCUGGGCACCUGCACCACAAGGUCUAUGCACGGGGCAGAUGUCCAGGAUUUGGAGGGGUUGGUGGGGGGAAGUGUUUCUACUUCAAGGGGCUUAAGUCGGGCGGGGUUUAGUGUCUCAAUUCUGUUUCUUAACUAUCUCUUUCAAAGUUGCAGGUCGUUGUGGUCUUUGGCGGCCGGUGGUAGAAUAAAUGCAAGGCCACAUGGCAGUUGGAAUAGCUCGUGGUAGUCCUGGCUGGUGGGGAUGCCAGGGUCCUGGCUGGGGGGUGGGGGGAAACCCUAGGAGAUGCCUGGAUUGGCACAAGCAGGGGCUUUCAAAGGGCCCGUGGGGGUCGCACUUCCCACCUGGGUCUCCUCGUCCAGGCAGGAGGAAGCUGUUACUUGCUUGGUGGGUUCAGUUACUGGGGGUGGGGGUCAAAUGGUCACCCUAUUUGAGGCAGGCUUUUGCCUCCUGUGCUGCCCCCCAAUGCAGCAGCCGCCUUCUUGGGCAGCAGAAGUAAAAGAGCCUCUUGGGUCCCCCUUGCUGCCCUCCAGGGCUCUGAUCCACCUGGGUUGCUCCCCUGCCAGUUAUGAGCUCUCAGGCACAUGCUGGCCUGAGGUGCCCGGAGCUGUGCCUCCUGGCAGGCUGUAAGCUUUGCCUUGGUGCAGGCUCUGCUGUGAACAGAUGUGUCUGAAAGUGAAGGAGCCUUUUGUGUUCUGCCUUUGCUCCGGAGGGAGGCAGCUGGCCUGGGCCUGAUCCUGCCCCUGGUGCUGGGCUUCAUUCCCUCUUCCCCUGCCAGCUGGAGGAGCUCUGGGCUGAUAAGGGAUGAUUUCCACCCCCCCCCCUGCUGGGUUCAAAGAGCCUUUGGAAGGGCAGAGCCCUAAUGCUAUUAGCCUUGGGCUGGGGCUGGCCUGGCCCCAGGGUCAGUCCAUCUGCAGCCAGUUGAAGGUCAGCACCUCCCACAACGCACCAGCUCGGAGCAUGCCCAGCUGGGAUCCACAUGGGUAAGGGGAGAGGGUGGCUGGCAACUCAGCCCUCCGGGGGUGCCGCUCUGACCUGUGCCCAGCUACUUCUCCAGGCGGGCUCCAUCAGUGCCCAUCCUUGAAGAACAAAUGCAAUCGCCCCCAUGAGGCUGCCUUUUGCCUUUUCCUCCAUUCAAGGCACCAGGUCAGUUGGAGCUAGCUGGCUGCUUGCCUGGCACUUGCUCAGUGUCUUGAAAUAGGCCAUGUCCCCAGUGCUCUUCCAGAUGGUAGGAGGUGUUUGGCUGCUCUCUCAUCGUCUGUCUAGGGUGGAACCUGCAGCUGCAUCUCUCCUGGUCCAGGGUGCCACCAGGCCUGCUUCUAGCAACAUGCAGAGUGGCCUGGCACCCAGCAAGGGCCUGACCUCACCUGUGGGAACCGCCAUGUUGAUCAUUAACAGCUGGGGAAAUGGCAUUGUGCUGAGUUUAAGCAAAUAUUUUAGAGUGACCUGAACCGAAGUGCAAAUACGGACCACCCCUGCCUCAGCGCCCUUCUGCCAAGCGCACGAGUGACUGGGGAGAGGCAGCUGGCUGAAGUGCAAGGUCACAGAGUCAGGCCACCAGGUCUAAAAAAAGGAUCAGCCGAUGGAGUUUGGGCCAAACAAGCUGGUGGGCGGUGCAGCGCCCUGUGCCUCAGGAUGAGGGGACAGUUAUCCCACUUGGAUAUGGGGAAACUGAGGCAGAGAGCGCAGAGACCAGUUCCUCCAUACCUAGCUAGAAGAAGCGUUCCUUUCAGCCCAGCCUCCUUGUGGCCCUCAGGGCAGAUCCUACCAACUUUGCUCAGAGGCUGCAAAAUGGGUGUUGCAAAACUUCCCGGGAAAGGCCUGGGCUGCGGGGCAUGAGGUGGCCAUAGCCAGACCCCCCAGGGGAGGCCAGUCCCUGGGUGCAGCACAGGGGCCCUGGGCCAGCAUGGCCUGAGGCUGUCGGUCAGGUAUUACUACAGACAUAUUCCACGAGGAUACGGCCUGUUUUCUGCCCUCAGCGGCCAUGUGGGGAGAGCGUGUGGUGUUGCCUCAACCCAGCAGCCUUGUGCCACGCCGAGAUGCGUUUGCCAGCUGACAUGUGCCAAGGGCAACACAGUGGGUAAACUCUGGCCCGCGCGUGAUUCCGCAUUCAGCGGAGCCACUGCCCAUCCAGCUGCCAGCUGCUUCCAGGAUCUGAGGGUCAAGGCCUUCAAAGUGCAGCCCCUGUCCCUUCUUCUCAGGUGAACACGUAACUCGGCAGUCACAUGGACACCGAAUCAUCCAGGCCCCGGCAGUGCUGGAGUCUGUCUUGGAGCUGCAUUGGCAAGACCAGUGCUUUUGCCCCAUGAGCAAGGCAUGUGUGGCUGUAAAUGGACAGGAGCAUGGACACCGGGGCAGCUUUAGAGCUGCUUUUCUGACCUAGAUGGAGGAGCCAGGAACCACUCUCUCUUCCUUCUGACUUCGGCAGUUGCUCUGGGGAACGUGACGACUGCAUUGCUCGCUUACCAGAAGCCCGGCUGUACGGGCAGCAGAAUUAAAUGUGUCCUGAGGUAA